AUGUUAAGAAAUAUUAAUAAAUCAGUUUCAUUUUUAAAUUCUGCUUGUAAGAUUUAUCAAAUAAGGCAUUUAAAUUUGCAAGAGUAUCAAAGUAAAACAUUACUUAAAAAGUUUAAUUGUUCUAUACAGAACUUUAUUGUUGCUGAUAGUAAAGUAGAUGUUGAAGAAAAGUUGAAAAAUUUUAGUCCUAAGGAAUAUGUGGUCAAGGCUCAAAUUUUAGCUGGUGGACGCGGUAAGGGUCAUUUAAAGGAAGGACCUAAUGGUUUAAGUGGAAUUUAUAUUUCUCAAGAAAAAAAUAAGGUUAUUGAUGCUGCAAGUAAUAUGAUUAAUAAACAUUUGAUAACAAAACAGACAUCUAAGGAUGGUGUUAAAAUUAAAAAAGUUAUGAUUUGUGAAAGUAUAAACAUUACUAGAGAAACAUACUUAGCUAUUCUUAUUGAUAGAGAUUCAAAUGGACCUGUAAUUGUAGCAUCACCAGCUGGAGGAGUAGAUAUUGAGGAAGUAGCUGAAAAAUCACCUGAACUUAUAUUUAAAGAAGUAAUUGAUAUUGAAAAAGGUUUAACAGAUGAACAAGCUUCUAGAAUUGCAUCAAAAUUAGAAUUUAAAAAUAGCCUUGCAACAAAAGCUGCAGAAGAAAUAAAAAAGUUAUAUAAAUUAUUUACAAAUGUUGAUGCAACACAAAUAGAAAUAAAUCCUUUUGUCGAAACAGAUGAUACAAGAGUUGUAAAUGUUGAUGCAAAAUUUAACUUUGAUGAUAAUGCUGCAUUCCGUCAAAAAGAAAUUUUUACUCUUGAGAAUCAUGAAGAUAGAGAUGAAAGAGAGAUAGAAGCUGAAAAGUUUAAUUUGAAUUAUAUUGGUAUGGAUGGAAAUAUUGCAUGCUUGGUUAAUGGUGCUGGUUUAGCAAUGGCAACAAUGGAUAUAAUUGAAUUAAAUGGUGGAAAAGCUUCAAACUUUUUGGAUGUUGGUGGUAAUGUCAGUGAAAAACAAGUUUUUGAAGCUUUAAGAAUUAUUUCAAGUGAUCCAAAGGUUAAAUCUAUUUUAGUUAACAUUUUUGGAGGAAUUGUUAAUUGUGAAACUAUAAGUCAAGGAUUGAUAUCAGCUUUUUCAAAAAUGAGCUUAAAUGUUCCCUUGAUCGUUCGUCUAGAAGGUACAAAUGUAGCUUCUGCUAAAGAAUUACUAUCAAAAAGUGGAUUAAAUAUUAUUACAGCAGAGAAUUUGGAUGAUGCAGCAAAAAAAGCUGUUGCAUCAAUUCGUAAAUAA